AUGGGUAUAAUCCAGCGACAUAAUACAAUGGAUGUGACUUAUCGUGAAUGUGCAAGAUAUGCCAUGAUUGCCAAAGAGAUCUCAAACUUGAAAAAGGAAGGCAGCAGUCAUCGGCGACAUCAUUCCGAGCCCAUUUGUUAUCCCAGUAUUCUGUCACAUUAUUUUCCGGGUUCAGAAGAAGCAUCGGAAUUGCCUCUGAAUGAUAGUGAAAUGGGUGAUAGUCGAGUUGGAGGAAGUUGGGGUGAUGCAAAGCGUUUCCUCAUUGAGUCACGAAAACAAGAUCUGGAGAUUUCGAGGGAUCUGGAACGCGAAAAUAUGCAUUUAUAUCUGAGUGAAGUGCUUAUUGCUGCUAUGGAACAAAUGCAAUGGCGUGCAAUGGUCGAAAAUCAACAGAAUUUCACUGCGCAAGCCAGAAAUACAUGUUCAUGUCCUACAUUGGCAGUAUCUUCUUCGGACUCGGUUGUUGACGAUUCUUCUGAACAAACUGAAGAAAAAAUUAUUGCUGGUCCAUCAGUAUUCUGUGCUUCUGCUGAAGAUUUACCAUACAGCGAGGAUAAGAAAAUGUCCAGUAGAAGCAGUGAAGCUGACGAUGAUAGUAUUUGUGAAAAUUCUGCUGAAGCAGUCGCAUCUUCACUUUUCAAGCAGUUUUCAACGGCUUACAAACCACGUUCAGCUGCCGAUAUACAGUGGCUUGUUUCUUAUGCACAAGCACCUCAAAGGCUUCUUCCAAUGCCUAAUGACAUAGCGGUAUUUUUCGAUGAAAUAGGUAACGAUGGUCGACCAAUUUUUUUUCGUGGUUCGGAGAAUUGGGCGCCUCCGAGAAAGCAGUGGAUUUUUCAGCUUCAUCCAGAGCUUCAGAGUGUGCGAAAGCUUCUUGAACAACAGCAAUAUCGUUGUGGUGGGUGUGGUAUUAAAGUUGCUAAAGUAUACUGUCGUCGAAUGCGUUAUUGUGAUUACUACGGCAGAGUAUUUUGUCAGCGUUGCCAUCAAGGUGCAAGAAGUCGUAUUCCAGCACGCAUUGUAUAUCAGUGGAAUUUUAAAGAAUAUCCUGUAUCCGAUAUAGCACAUCGUUUCUUAUUAGAUAACCAUCGACAACCGGUGAUCAAUGUAUCAGCGAUUGAUUCUCGUUUUUACAGCAGAAUUCGUCGAUUGAAAAAAAUUAGGGAAUUACGAAUAAAGCUUGUACAUAUUUGGUCUUACAUACGACUUUGUAAUAUUGCUAAAGAAACAAUUACAAAAUAUGGAAACUUAUAUGCCACAUUUUCUACAGUACCGAAUUAUAUGUUGUCAGAUGCAGAUGUCUACUCGGUGGAAGAUUUAGAAAAUGUACAGAAAGGAGAACUUUUUCGAACCAUUGCUCCUCUUGUACAAUAUGGACAAUAUCACAUUGAAGGAUGCGAGCAUUGCCGUGCUCAAGCAUUCGUCUGUGAACUUUGUGAUGAAAAGAAUGAUUUACUCUUCCCGUUUCAAGUUGCAUAUGUGGAUCGUUGUGAAGAAUGCGGUUCAUUAAGUCAUAAGAGAUGUGCUAUUAAACGACAAAAAGAUGAAAAACCAUGUCCUAAAUGUUUGCGAAUUCGACAAAAUCUUGAAAGACAUCGGUGUUAUUCGGAGUGGUCUUUGACACCAAUUGAACAGCAGGUUUCAACGAUGUCAUCGUUGAACGAUUAG